ACCAGUUAAACAGAACAAAGAGAAGAGCAUAGUUGGGGGCAGUUGCACCCAAUAUCCGCACCCCAUGAAUCUACAACCGCUCUUCUUCUAUAAAAAUAAAUACUCUCUCAGUUACUCAACACUCUUUCUAUUUCUACUGAUGCAUUUGGCAAGUCUCAUAAUUUAUUCAACUUUUCUCAACAAGAGAAAAGGUUUUUUUAUGUUGCUUCUAUUAAACUCAAAAACAAAGCCACGUUUAUUUUCCUAGCUAGUACUCUCCUUCUUUAUAUUUCAUAUAUAAUAACAACGUCAACAUAUGCAUGCCUAAUAUAUCAGGAUUGGAACAGACGUAUGUGUAUUAUCACCAUAUAUAACGCUCGAAUAUUUAUUGCAUUCAGCUACUCCACGCUUCAACUCUAAAACCGUUACUCCACUAUAUUCAUCAGUAACACAAGCUUUUUGUUCUCAUUAUGGAGUUUAUUUUUCCCACUUUGUUCCUAUAAUAAUAACACAUCAUCAACAGUUUUUAACACCCAAACCUUCAUGCUGAGUUUCUUAUUUGUUGCGUGGCAACGCAAUGAUGAUGAUGAUGAUGGGGUUGGUGUCUUCCAGAGUUGUGUUCUUGUUUGUUGUUUCGAUUUUCGUGAUUUGGGCUCAGGUGGUGGAUUUAGCAGAAGGUGGUGCUGUUCGAAAUUACAUUAGUUGGGAAGAUUUGCAGGUGAAUGAACAAAGGUUGGCCGUGAAGUCGUCCCAUAACCAGGUUCGAGUUAUAACUGUUAACCAGAAUGGUGGGGGACAUUCCAAAACUGUUCAAGGUGCUGUGAAUAUGGUUCCUGAUAAUAACAGACAAAGGGUCAAAAUUUUCAUUUUUCCAGGAAUUUACAGAGAAAAAGUGCGUGUGCCUGUGACCAAGCCUUAUGUAUCAUUUAUAGGGAAAAGAAAUCGAACAGCAAGUCCUAUAAUUACUUGGAACAGUAAAUCAUCUGACAAAGGCCCAAAUGGCACAGCAUUGGGCACCUAUGCUUCAGCAACAGUGGGAGUGGACUCAGAUUAUUUCUGUGCAACUGGGAUCACUUUUGAGAACUCAGUGAUUGCAUCGGCUGGUGGAAAAGGGAUGCAAGGAGUGGCACUGAGGGUAAGCAGUCCAAAAGCAAUGUUCUAUCGAGUGAGGAUUAAGGGAACACAGGACACUCUCUUGGACAGCACAGGAAAUCAUUACUUCUUAAAGUGUCGCAUCAUAGGAAAAGUUGAUUUUAUCUGUGGCAGCGCAAAAUCACUCUAUGAGAAGUGUCGUCUUCAGUCAAUAGCUGAGAACUAUGGAGCAAUAGCAGCACAUCAUAGGGAUUCACCAACAGACGACACAGGUUUUUCUUUUGUAAGUUGCAGUAUUAGAGGAUCUGGCAGUGUGUACCUUGGCAGAGCAUGGGGGAACUACUCAAGAAUUAUAUACUCCAAAUGUAAUAUGGAUGGCAUUAUUAAUCCUCAAGGGUGGUCAGACUGGAAUCAUUCACAUAGGAAGAAGACUGCAGUGUUUGCUGAGUAUCAAUGCAAGGGAAGAGGAGCAGAUAGAAGACAUAGGGUGCCUUGGUCAAAAUCAUUCAGCUAUCCGGAAGCAAGUCCUUUCCUUUACAAGAGCUUCAUAGAUGGAGACCAGUGGCUCAGACUGUAGCAUUAUGAUGCACCGAUUACAUGACAAUUAUUCAUUAUUAAUUUAUAUGCUUGUUUAUUACUAUGUUACAUAUCCCCCAAACGAUCAUUUUGAUGCUUACUCUUUAUCUUGCAAGGGAUGUUUUUUAUAUGUAUGUACGGGGUCACAGAUGCUUAAUCUGGAUCAUAAUCAUAAAUCAUUAUGACUCCU